UAUUUUUAGUCUUAAUUUUUUAGAAUACAUAAUACUCAUAGUUUUAAUAUAAAAUAUAUUUUUAUUAGCCCAAUAACAAUGACUGCAAUAUUGGGUGCUGGUAUAUCAGGUUUAUCGGCUGCAUAUUAUGGUCUUAAUAAUCCAAAGAUAACUUCAUUAGUUAUAUUUGAAGCCUCAAAUCGUGUAGGUGGAUGGAUACGUUCCUUGAAACAACCUGAUGGAACAAUUUUUGAACAAGGUCCAAGAGUAAUUAGAGCUAAUUCACUACAAAUAUUAGAAUUAGUAGAAGAAUUAGAACUAUCAGCUGAAAUUAUACCUGUUAAAUAUAAUCAUGAUGCAGCUCGAAACCGAUAUAUUUAUUCAAAUAAUGCAUUGCAUUGUGUACCUAAUAGUAUCAGUGGAUUGUUUACUAAGAAUACGCUAUUAAAUAGGCCCUUAACUUAUCAUUUGUGGAAGGAUUUUAAGGCACGAAAAGUUACUAAAGAUGAUGAAAGUGUAUAUAAUUUUAUGGAAAGGAGGUUUGGUAAAGAUUUGCCAGAAAAAUUAAUUGCUCCAGUAUUUUGUGGAAUCUAUGGAGGUGAUAUACAUGAGUUGAGUGCAAAGUCUUGUAUGACAAGUUUAUUUGAAGCAGAACAAAAACAUGGUAGUAUAGUGAAAGGCCUUAUAUUUAAUAAAUUUCAUGAAAUUUUAAAAAAAAAGAAAGAAACGGAAACUAAACCUGAAACUGAUACUGAAAUAAAUAUAAAACCAAAUAAACCACCUUCACAAUUAGUGCAAAGAGCUAAAACAGAAGUAUGGCGCAUAUGGGGAAUUGAAGGAGGUUUUGAACAACUGCCUCAAAAACUUGCUAAGAAUAUAACUGAACGCGGAAUAAAUAUAAAAAUGCAACAUACGUGUGAAAAAUUAACAUUUAACAAAGAUUAUGUAGAAUUAACUGUAAAUGGAAAAAAUGAAAAGUAUUCCCAGGUUAUUUCAAGUUUGCCUGCAAAAAAUUUAGCUAAUUUAGUACAGGAACAACAUCCACAUCUAUCCAAGGAGUUAUGCAGUAUACCUACUGUAUCAAUAGCUGUAGUUAAUCUCCAAUUUUCUGAAAAUGUUUUACCUAUAAGUGCAUUUGGAGUUCUUGUUCCACCAAAGGAAAAGAUUCCCAUUCUAGGUGUGCUAUUUGAUUCAUGUGUUGUUCCUCAAAACUCUAAAAUGACAGUACUGACAGUAAUGAUGGGAGGGGCAUGGUUCCAACAGUAUUUUAGUGAAUGUUCAUCAGAAGAACAGUUCAAAACCGUAGCAAUCAAAUAUGUGAAGGAAAUUUUAGGCAUUGAUGAGGAUCCCAAGGCAUUUCACGUCUCCAUUUUGAAGGACUGUAUACCACAGUACACGCUAGGUCAUGAACAACGACUAAAUCGUAUCCGCAAAUAUAUCGCCGCGCAUAAAAUUCCAUUAGUGUUGUGUGGCUCUUCAUACCAAGCUGUAGGAGUCCCUGACGUUAUUCUGUCAGCAAAACAAGCUGUUUCUGAUAUCAAUUAGUUAUUAUAAAUUUAUAAAGUUUAAAUUUCAAUGAAACUUAAUCAAACAAAUAUAAUGAUUUCUGUUACAAUUA